AUGGGGAGGAUUCCUGCCGUGGCUGCUGCCAUCGUAGUGGCCUUACUGGUCUGCUGCUCGUGUGAGGUUCGAGGUAAGGAGGAUGAAGAUGUGCUGGACUCCCUCGUCGAUUUCCUGACCAAGCUCGCCGGUGGCGACGAGAAGACGGCGAGCGACCUCGGCUGGGACGCGUCGACCGACCCCUGUGACGGCACCGGCGGCCGCAACGGCAGCGACUCGAAGUGGGGAGGGACCGUCAAGUGCUUCGAGAACGGCGCGAGCAACGCCGGCCUGAUCAAGGUUAUCGACCUCCAGUCCCUAGGCCUCAACGGCACCAUCGACGCGGAGUCGCUCUGCGCCGCACCGGCGCUCCGCGUGGUGAGCCUGCAGAACAACACGCUGCGCGGCGGCCUCCCCGCGGGCGUCUCGGCCUGCUCGGGCCUCACCCACCUCUACGUCGACCGCAACCAGCUCUCCGGCGCCCUCCCGAGCUCCCUCGGCAACCUCAGGAAGCUCCACGUGCUCGACGUCUCCAGGAACGACUUCUCCGGCGAGAUCCCCGCCGGCCUCAGCGACGUGCGCGGCCUCAUAAGGUUCAACGCCAACGACAACCACUUCCAAGGCACCAUUCCUGAUUUCGACCUCGACAAGUUCGAGACCUUCAACGUGUCCAACAACAACCUCACCGGACCUAUCCCGAAGAACACCGGACGCUUCCGCGACGACAGCUUCGCGGCCAACGCUGCCGGCAUGUGCGGAGAGCCCAUGUUCUCCCCGUGUCCCUCCGGGGAGAGCAAAUCAAAGAAGACGCGGAGGAUCCUCAUGUACCUCGGGUACGUCCUCCUCGGUGCCGUCAUCGUGGCAUUCGUCGUGUACAAGCUCUGCUCCAGGAAGAGGAACAAGCUGGGCAAGAAGGCCAUGGAGAAGCUGGUGGUCUACGAGUUCCAGAGCAACGGCAGCCUCCACAAGCUACUCCACGCAAUCAUCAUGAACAAUCUGCUAACACAUGCCAACUUUUAUGACUCCUUGCAGAAGAUAAACAAUUCCCGAUUCUUUCUCAUUACUACUUCGCAGUAA